AAUGUUAAGAUGUUGUGAUUGAGGAUGAAUGAAAGAGUAGUGGCCAUGAUUUUGGUCUAACUUGACCUCCUUUACAGAAAAAUGUUUGACUUCUUGUGGCCAAGCAGCAGUUGUGUGCUUGUGUCUGUACAUGCCUUUGUGUGUGUGAGUAUACACCUGUGUGCACAUACCCUCCACCUCCAGAGAGACAGCAGGAGGAGUGGCACAGGUACACUGGAUAUUCUCGCUGGGUUUGAAGAGGGAGGAGGUGAAGGGGAGAAACCUUGAGGACAACAUGGCAACACAAACCUUAUAAAGAGGCACACCCUGCCGGCGGCCUCAGUUCAGCUCUCCUUCCAGACAGCAGCAGCAGCUUGCAGUAGUCAUGCUCAGCCUCAUCAAAUUACCACGAGUCUUCACCAUCAAUCAAGUGCCCAAAGUUUUCCAUGAGGACAGCAUCAUCUCCGGCUACCGACACCCCCGCAGCUCAGCCACUGACUGCAUCCUGAGCCUCUUCCAGCUGACCAAUGAGACGCUCAACAUCUGGACCCACUUUCUGCCCACCUGGUACUUCCUAUGGAAACUAGUGACGGUGGUGCUGAUUCAGACAGCAUGGCAGGACUCCUUCACCUGGCCUCUGGUGAUCUUCCUGCUCUCCUGCUGCAUUUAUCCGCUGGCAUCGAGUUGUGCUCACACCUUCAGCACCAUGUCAGCGCGGGCACGCCACAUCUGCUUCUUCUUCGACUAUGGUGCCCUCAGUUUCUACAGCCUGGGAUCAGCAAUCAUCUAUUCAGCCUAUGUUUUCCCGGACAAGUGGGUGAACAGCUUCUUCCACCAGUGCUACAUCCCCAUCGCUGUGCUCAACACUGUCCUCUGCACCGGCGUGGCCUGCUACUCCAGGCUUGGCUUACCAUUUCUGCAAUAUAAUCAUGACAUCGUAAAGAGAUUCCCUGAGUGCCAGAGUCCAAAGUUCAGUAAAUAUCUCCGUGUUGUAGCCUUUGCCUACCCCUACCUGUUUGACAACAUUCCUCUGUUCUACAGGGUGUUUCUGUGUGUAGGAGAGGGCUGUACAGACAAUGAUACCAACAUCCUCCACUACAACCACAUUGCCUUGGCUUUCCUCACAGGCUUUCUGUUUGCCACACAUUUACCUGAGCGCCUGGCACCUGGCAGCUUCGACUACAUAGGUCACAGCCAUCAACUCUUCCAUGUGUGCGGCAUCCUCGGCACCCACUUCCAGAUGAACGCCAUUGAACAGGACAUGGUGACACGGCGUCCCUGGCUCCUUGAACACUCCAUACCCAUCACCUUUGCCAACUCAGUGGGUGCAGCGCUGUUUUGUGUGGUGCUGAAUUUGAUUAUCAUCAUCCUCUACAGUCUACCUCUCUUCUCUGCCCCAGUCUGCAAAGAGAAGAAACGUGUAAACGGUCCAAAGAAAGCCUCAGCCAAAGUCUGCCCUUGCUGCUAAAUCUCUGACUUCAUAAGUCCCGAGACAUACAGACAUGUGAAAAGAGUGCAUUAUGAUAUAAAAACUUUGUAAAGAACACUCCUGAGCUAUGAGGAGCUGACAUGAUGUUUAAGUGAAUCACAACUUGCAGUCUGCACUAAACUCUUGUUAGUAUUUGGUCUUCAGACAUCACUGUGAUGACUGCUGUUAGAUGUGUGGAUAAACUGAAAAUAAGGACAUAAGUUGCACAAAUGGGAAUUUAACAAAAAGUUUGUUACCAUAAAAUGUAAUGAAUCUAAAUGUUUCUGAGGAAACUUGUUCCUGCUAAAAGCUACAAAUGUAGCAGCUUAGCUACAUUAUGAGGCAGUGCUUUAUAUGUUUAUAAAAAUAUUUUUUGCUCAAUUCUCUGAUUUCCACACAUGUGGGGUAUGAAGAGACUGUUAGCUGCAGGGAACAAUAUGUAAAAUCCAAAAUGCUAAUGUACUGCAUUUAGACACUGUACCUCCUUCAUAUUUAUAGUAAUAUAGUAGUAUAUUUAAAGCAAUGUGACUGUACAUCACUGACAUAAACAUGUCAGGACAAAAGAGACAGUCGUGACAAGGGAAGACAAAAGUUUUGCUCUUGAGUUUGAGCUGCCUGCAAAGUAGCAACUUGAUACAUUAAAUGUGCAAUAGUUGAGUUGUUUAUUUCCCUCAAAUGACCUUCAGUGCUGUUUCUGUCCCUGCACACUUGUGUGACAUGUCACAUUGUUCCUUUGAUACAAAACGGAAAGUAUUUAUGUACAAUGUUAUUUAUAAUGAUUUUCCAAAUAAACUAUUUACCAAACCUG